AAUCAGCGUUGCAUUUACUUUUAUGCCCAUAAACUUCAUUUUCGGGACAGAAAGUUGAAAAACUUCGCCAAUAUCUGUAUAACAAAACUCAAAGCCAAUCCAAUUUUUCUGUCUUCACACACAAAUCCUUUCUCAAAAACAAUGGCCGAAGCAACAAAGAAGUAUGCAGUUGUUACAGGAGCAAAUAAAGGAAUUGGGUUGGGAAUAUGUAGGGAGUUGGCAGCUAAUGGGGUGACAGUGGUGCUAACAGCUAGAGAUGAAAAGAGGGGUGUUGAAGCUCUUGAAAGCCUCAAAGGAUCUGGUCUCUCUAAUGUGAUUUUUCAUCAGCUUGAUGUUGGGCAGCCUGCAAGUAUUGCUUCCCUUGCGGAUUUCAUCAAAACCCAGUUUGGGAAGCUUGAUAUCUUGGUGAAUAAUGCAGGCGUAAUUGGAAUGAUAGUAACAGAUCCUGAUGCUUUAAGAUCAGCAAUCGCUGCUGCUCAGGGAAGAAUAGGAGAAGUCAAUUGGAAUGAAAUAGUGAUUCAGCCUUUGGAGAUGGCAGAAGAAUGCCUGAAAAUAAACUAUUAUGGGCCAAAGAGGAUGAUUGAAGCACUAAUGCCUCUUCUCCAGUUAUCAGAUUUGCCAAGGAUUGUCAAUGUUUCCUCCUCCGGUGGGAAGUUGCAGAAUAUUCCAAAUGAAUGGGCAAAAGGAGUGUUAAGUGAUGCUGAAAACCUUACAGAAGAGACAGUGAUAGAGGUGUUGAACCAGUUUCUAAAAGAUUUCAAAGAGGGGUUAUUAGAAGCUAAGAGCUGGCCCACUUUUUUCUCUGCCUAUAGAGUCUCGAAAGCAGCCUUGAAUGCCUACACGAGGCUUCUGGCCAAGAAGUACCCGACUUUCUGCAUCAACUGUGUCUGCCCUGGCUAUGUCAAGACAGAUAUAAACUACAAUAGUGGCAUCUUAACUGUUGAGGAAGGCGCUGAAAGCCCUGUUAGAUUGGCUCUGCUGCCUGAUGGCGGGCCUUCUGGUCUAUUCUUUGUUAGGAAGGAAGUGUCUGACUUCUAACUGAAAACGGUUCAUUGCUAGAUAUGAAACAAGAGCAACAUAGCAUAGAGACUCUGUUUGUUGCUUUUCCUAUGGCUUGCAACUUUGCAUGAAUCUUAGGCUAAUACCUUCACCCAGAAAUGCUUAUGAUCUUUUAUAUUGGAUGGUCUAUGAAGUACAUGAUAGACUGUUGACUUA